UGUUGAGGAAAAAGUUCAAGCACGACUUCACCAUUACCUGUAAUUUGCCAUGGAGCAAAAAGAUUUUGAGGUCUCUUCUCCACCUACUGAUGGAAUUUCGGGUCUGGAAUUCUCUCCACAAGCUGAUUUUCUCUCAGUUUCGUCAUGGGACAAUCAGGUCAGAAUUUACGAAGUUCAACCUACCGGAAUGACUGUUCCCAAAGCUGCGUACUCGCAUGAAGGCCCAGUACUUUGCACAACGUGGAGUAAAGAUGGAACAAAAGUGCUUUCUGGCGGAGCAGACAAAGCUGGUCGCAUGUAUGACCUAGCCACAGGACAGACGACGCAAAUAGCAGAACACGCAGAUACCAUUAGAUGCAUUAAAUUCCUUGACCAAUCACAGCAAAUAGUUGCGACUGGUAGUUGGGAUAAGACCGUAAAAUAUUGGGAUAUGCGACAGCCACAACCAAUCAGUACCGUACAGCUUCCCGAACGAUGCUAUUCCAUGGAUGUUACGUUCCCGCUUAUGGUCGUCGCCACAGCCGACAGGCACAUUCAAGUUUACGAUUUGAACAAUCCUACUGUUCCAUUCAAGACUACGCAAUCACCAUUAAAAUGGCAAACUCGUUGCGUAACUUGCUUUCCAAAUGCCAAAGGUUAUGCAAUUGGUUCGAUUGAAGGACGAGUGGGAAUGCAAUAUGUUGAGGAUAAAGAACAAGGCAAAAACUUUUCUUUCAAGUGCCAUCGUGACAAUAGCAAUAACGUAUUCGCUGUCAACGCUAUAUCAUUCCAUCCCAUUCAUGGUACUUUCUCAACUGCUGGUUCGGAUGGUACAUUCUCCUUCUGGGACAAGGAUUCUAAGCAGCGCUUGAAGCCUUUCCCAAGCGUCAACGGGCAAAUUCCAUGCACUGCUUUCAACCGCAACGGUACUAUAUUUGCGUAUGGUGUGAGCUAUGACUGGAGCAAGGGUUACAAAUUUGCACUUCCUAACAAUCCAAACAAGAUAUUCUUACACGCAGUGAAGGAAGAGGAUGUUAAACCACGAGCCGCUAAGAAGCGAUAAAAAGCUCACAUUUGCAUAACCAUUAAGUUUUCAGUGGAGGAUUCAAUAAACUGUCAUACGGAAUAAAUUUUUGCCUUGAUUUUACUCUUUUUUACAAAA